AUGGAUCUGGCUAAAUCAUUAUUUGAAACUAGGAACCAUGAAGGUUACGUUGGAAAAGAAGCUAACACGAAAAGAGAAUUUGAACAGGUGAUAGAACCAGAUGAUGUAGAUGACAGUAUUGCUGAGAGUUUCAGCCAAGGAUUGACUGUCUCAGAUACAAUACUACCUACUCCAGGAAGUCCAUUUUCAGCAUUGACCCCUAGCAUGUGUCCACAGGAUAUUCUUGCAAAACAGACAGUGCCAGAUGAUCCAAAUUCACAGCCCGAAUAUAGGUUUGAUGAAUUUGGAUUUAGGGUAGAUGAGGAAGAUGGUCCAGAACAAAAUUCCAAUAAACUUUUAGGAAUACCUUUUGUGGAAGACCCACAGCAUAGGUUGCAAUGGGUGGCCCAUCUUGAAUUUUCUCACAAUAAGGAAGUUUCUAGUUUAACAUGGGACAAAGUUGAUCUAAGAUUACCAAGGACAGAUAAACUUGCUUCUAUGGUCAGGGCUGGUAUUCCCCAUUCUCUAAGACCCCAGAUGUGGAUGAGAAUGUCUGGAGCUUUAGAAAAGAAGCAAAAGUCUGAAUUAUCUUACAAAGAUAUUGUAAAAAUGUCCAGCAAUGAUUCAUUGAUGAUGUCCAAACAGAUUGAAAAAGAUCUGUUACAUAUUAUGCCUACAAAUGCUUGUUACAGUAAUAUUAAUAGUACAGGUAUUCCAAGACUGAGAAGAAUGUUAAGAGGCAUUGCUUGGCUGUAUCCAGAAAUUGGAUACUGUCAAGGAAUGGGAAUGAUUGCUGCUUCUCUUAUAUUAUUUAUGGAAGAAGAAAGCUCAUUUUGGAUCAUGGUUACCAUAGUUGAAGAUUUAUUACCAGCAUCAUAUUAUAAUACUACACUUAUAGGUAUUCAAGCUGACCAGAGAGUAUUACGAACUUUGAUCUCAAGCUAUUUACCAGAUACAGAUGAAGUAUUAAAGAACCAUGACAUUGAAUUGUCCCUAAUAACUCUUCAUUGGUUUCUGACUUUAUUUGCUAGUGUUGUUCACAUGAAGAUUUUACUGAGGAUAUGGGACUUAUUUUUCUUUGAAGGAUCAAUUGUUUUGUUUCAAAUUACUCUUAGUAUGUUAAAAAUGAAGGAGCCAUAUCUCAAAGAGCUGGAAAAUUCAGCUCAGAUUUUUAAUGCCUUGUCUGACAUUCCAGGGGAUAUAGAUGAUGUAGACAUGUUGUUGGAGGUGUCCAAAGAAUUAACAGGAUCAUUAAGUGAAGUUAUGUUGGAAACUUAUCGUAGAAGACAUUUAGCUUAUCUAAUGGCUGAUCAAGGUACUUUGGUAGGAAAUCCUGAAGCAGCACCUAAUCUUCCAAAACAACAUCUUGCAAGGAGACAGAUUAAGAAAAAUAAAUCAGUAAUUCAAUUGCUGCUAUUUAAUGAAAACACUGAAGAUGACAUUAAAAGUAAAAAUAUAAAACAGACUGAAAUUUUAGUUGAUCUUAGAGAAGCUAUUUUACAGGUAGCCAGACAUUUUCUUCAACUAGAUCCAAAAUUGAGUAAUGAAAUAAGUUUAGUGGCUGACUACUCAAUGGAUAGUCAUGGUCAAGAUCAUAUAAAUUAUAUAAAUGUUUCCAAAACGAGGAAAAGGAGAGCAAAAGCGUUGUUGGACUUUGAACGACAUGAUGAUGAUGAAUUGGGCUUUAGAAAAAAUGACAUUAUUACAAUAGUAAGCCAAAAGGAUGAACACUGCUGGAUAGGAGAAUUAAAUGGAUUAAGAGGUUGGUUUCCAGCCAAGUUUGUAGAAAUGCUAGAUGAGAGGAGUAAACAGUACAGUAGUGCUGGAGACGACAGUAUAUCAGAAACCGUAACAGACUUAGUCCGAGGUACCCUUUGUCCUGUACUCAAGCAAGUCCUUGAGCACGGAAUGAAACGUCCACACUUUUUAGGUGGUCCGUGCCAUCCAUGGUUGUUUAUUGAGGAAUCGGCAAUGAAAGAGGUUGAAAAAGACUUUAAAUCUGUAUACAGUAGAUUAGUACUUUGUAAAACAUAUAGGUUAGAUGAAGACGGAAAAGUUUUGACUCCUGAAGAAUUGCUCUACCGUUGUGUUCAAGCUAUAAAUUUGUCUCAUGAUAACGCGCAUGCUCAAAUGGAUGUGAAACUUCGUUCUUUAAUUUGUAUGGGUCUCAAUGAGCAAGUACUUCAUUUGUGGCUUGAAGUGUUGUGUUCUUCCAGUGAAAUUGUUAGGAAAUGGUAUCAUCCAUGGUCCUUUGUGUACAGUCCAGGUUGGGUACAGAUCAAGUGCGAUCUCAGAAUAUUGUCCCAAUUACCAUUCAACCUAAACCCUGACUGGGAACUUCCUGUGAGAAAAGAAACUAACAAUCAACCACUUAAAGAUGGAGUCCGGGAUAUGCUUGUCAAACACCAUUUGUUUAGUUGGGAUAUUUAG